AUGAAUAGUAGGAAUUCAAGAUUCAAUUAGAAAAGAAUCUAGACUCUGGCCUUUCCUGGAGCUGAUGAUAAAGUAGAGGAUGACUUUGGAAAAGACGAUAAGGAUCGGGAAAUCUAUAGAAGUGUUACCAAAGAAAUAGACUCUGCUGAUGAAAAGUCUAAAUAUAAACUAUAAGAAAUCGAAUAAGAACUAAAAACUUAGAUCCUGAUUUUGAAAUCAAAUUUCUUAAAUCAAUUGCUAACUUCAAUUAAGUGUCGACCGAGUAAGAAGUUAAGAAAUCUACUUCCAACUCAACUUAAUUGGAGUAGAACAAAAAGGUUUGGUAGAUAUGAUCAAAUUAUCAUCGAAAGGUUUGGAUAAACUCUUAUUAUAAAACAUUAUCCUAACUGGAGGUGCAGCAAAAACAUAAUGGAUUAUGUAAGAUUGCAAAAAAUCCAAUAUCCGAAUAUGAUUGUCCUAUAGCUAUUAAAAUUACUUCUAACCCUGUAUUUGGAUCAUGGUUUUGGGAUGAAGAACUUUGCUAAUAAAUAUUAAAGUAUGCCUUCUUAAUUUUCUAUAUCAAUUGAUGAUUAUAAUGAAAUUGGUACUUAAAAAUGGGAAAUAUUUAAAUAGCAUCCAUUUUCAAAUAUUGUUGAUUGAUGAAUUUUAUGCAUAUUUUUAUAAAUUCUGCAUUCUUCAUA